GAGAAUCCGGAUCCAGAGCGAUCGAUACUCUCAAAGAGGUAGUAUUAAUCUUAUAGUCUAGUAGUACUGAAUGCUGAUAAUCUUCUUAGUAUUUUAUUAAUUUACUACUUCUAACCCUUUCGUAUUCUAUAGCAUCACUUUCUCUGUUUUUUUUUUUUUUUUUGAUAAUCAUCACUUUCUCUGAUUUGAAACACCGUCGUAACCAACGCCAUGGAUCCCAAUCCAGGAACCUUCCCGAUUCUCUCCUACGUCAUGUCCCGAUUCCCUUCCUUAACAUCCAAAACCACCGCCACAACCUUCUCCUCCGACACUGAAUUAGACAACAUCGAAUUAAACGACAUCGAACAACCACCUUCUCCUCCACCUCACUCCCAAAUCGUCGGCCAAAUGCCAAACCUAGCAAACCCCGAACUCAUCCAAUCUAUGGCCCGAGCCAUCUCCGACGUUCAGGCGGCUCGCUCCGUUCUUAACUUAAUCGGCGAACGGCCCACUCACGAGGAAGUCGACCACGCCAAAGCCAAGCUGGUUGAAUUAGAAGCCCAGAUGUCACGACAGCUUGAAGGAAUCGUGCUUCUCUCGAGACCUCCGGAGAUCGAGAUCCAUCGAUGGAGAGCACAUCUGGCUGAGAAAGAGAACCAGUGUAGAGAAGAAGCGGAAAAGGAGAAGCAGAUUUGGAAAUCGCUUAUUCAACUUGAUGAGAUGCAUGAGGGUUAUGAGAAGCUUCUUAAGGACGCUGAGAAACGAUUGGUUAGAAUGUAUGAUUCUGCUGAAGAUGGUGGUGAUAUUGGAGGAGGAGGAGUAGGAGAUGGUGAUUUUGGAGGUGAGGUGAGUGAAGAGGUUGUGGGGAUUCUUCAAGAAGCUCAUGGGAAUGGAAUUGAACGGAUUGAUCUUUCUGGCCGGAACUUGAAGAUGUUGCCGGAUGCUUUUGGCAGGAUUCCUGGUUUGCUUGUGCUUAACGUUUCAGCUAAUCAACUUUCGGCAAUUCCCGACACGAUAGCUGGAUUGCAAAAUUUGGAGGAGCUUAAUCUCUCUGCAAAUCGUUUGGAAUCACUUCCCGAUUCAAUUGGGUUACUACAAAAGUUGAAAUUGCUCAAUGUUUCUGGAAACAAGCUUACUGCCCUUCCUGAUACCAUUUGUCAGUUCAGGUCAUUGGUGGAGCUGGAUGUAAGCUUUAACGAUCUGUCAUACUUACCAACGAACAUUGGGUAUGAAUUACCAAACUUGAAGAAACUCCUGAUUCAUUUGAACAAAAUUCGAUCUCUUCCCUUAUCCAUUUGUGAGUUGAAGUCGUUGCGCUAUUUGGAUGCUCAUUUUAACGAGCUACAUGGGCUUCCAAAUGCAAUUGGGAGGCUGACUAACCUGGAAAUUCUCAACCUGAGUAGUAACUUCGCUGAUCUUAAAGAACUUCCAGAGACAUUUGGUGAAUUGACUAAUCUCAGGGAAUUGGAUCUCAGCAAUAAUCAGAUUAAUGCACUUCCCGGUACAUUUGGUUGUCUUGAUAAUUUGACCAAGCUCAACUUGGAACAAAAUCCUCUUGAACUGCCGCCAAUGGAGAUUGUAAAUCAAGGGAUCCAAGCCAUAAAGACUUUUAUGGUCAAGAGGUGGAUUGAUAUGUUGCAAGAGGAAGAAAGAAAACACAAUGAAGAAAUGCAAGAACAAGUAGAGGGUGGCUGGUUAACUCGAAGCACCUCGUGGUUGAAGAAUGCUACUGGAAAUGUAAUUGGGUAUAUUGGAACUACUGUUGGAUCUCCUAUGUCACCCAAAUCUUCCAGAGAUGCUGCUUAUCUUAAUCAGCAGUUAUGAAGUGAGAUGUUUUCCAAGCCCAAGGCUUAUUGACAUGCAUUCUUGAUGAAGAUUGUAGCUUCCAGAUACUAUGCUUUGGUAGUACUUCCUGCUACUUCCUCUUAUGUUCUCCACCCAUUAUUAUCCAGCAGCAUAAGGGCGGGGUGUUUUGGUAAUUAAUGUGUAUAAAGGGGCAUGGCACUCACAAUAAUUGUCUAAAUUUUGAUAAUUGGUAUAUACUUUUUAAUAAUAAACAAAAGCAAUUAUACA